UCUACUACAAUUUGUUGAUUAUUUAUUUAUUUAACUGUAAUUGUUAAUUGUAAAGUCGAUGAUAACUUUACAAAAAAAGUGCUUAAAAAAAUUACUACAUAUUAAUGUUAAUUAAAAAUGUUUAUACUUAUUUCUAACAUUUUUUAGAUAAGUUGGGAUAGGUUCGGAAAGGAGUUUGUAGUUGCAGUAGUUCCAUGGUUUAUUAAUAAAAAACUGCCCUACGAAAUCGAAAUGGCUACAUCAAAAAACAAAGCAACUCCAGAAAAUCGAAUUAAACGUUAUCUGUAUUUAUAUUCCGAGGAUCUUCGUUUCGUUACUGGGAAUCCUGAAGUGUAUAAGUAUUAUACUGUUGAAAAGGCAAAAGCAGUAACAGAAUUAAUAGAAGCAAAUAAAAUUGAUACAAUUCUCAAUAUAGUUGAAAUUGUAAAUAGUGAAAAUACUCUUCCAGGAAGAGCCACACUGUUCUUUAUACUUGCUGUGGUAGCUCGAACAAAUCUGGUUUCAGUCCCUGAUACCGUAAGAAAUAGAGUUUAUACAACUGCUCUAAGUAUUAUGAGAUCAACUGAAGAGUUCUUCAUGUUUAUAAGAUUUUGUACCCUCCAAAAGCGAUCGUUUCCAUCUGGACUAAACAAAUUGAUCGGUGAGUUUUAUUUAAAGAAGGAACCUAUGGAUCUAGUAAAAGAAAUAUCCAAGUCAAAAGGAUUUCACAGUUGGACUCAUAAAGACCUUUUAAAGUUAUCUCACUGCAAAACAGAUGAUAAACUUAUUAGUCUGAUUAUGACAUAUGUACUCUUUGAUUUGGGAAAAGCAGAGUCAAUGGCUGCAGAAUAUCCAGAAUCAGAAAGUAUUAUUUCAUAUUUAAAGAAAGUGACAGAGUUGAAGAAAUGUAAAGAUGAAAAACAAAUAUCUGAAUUAAUUACUGAACUUGGAUGUACUUCUUUAAUUCAAGUUCCUUCGCAUUUUCAUAAUUCACAAGCUGUUUGGGAAGCUUUACUACCAAACCUGCCUUUUAAAGAACUUACUGCAGCACUGCCAAAAUUGUACAAAUUAGGAUUCUUGAAAGCCAAUACAACAUUUCAAACGAAAGUUGUAGAAGCAAUUACAAAUGCAAAUACUUUAAAAUCUUCAAAAAUUCAUCCUGUCCAAGUGUUCAUACGACUGCGAAAUUUUGAAAAAGGGGGAAAGCCUUUGGAUCCCCAAUUCUUAGAACACAUGGAAAAGAAAGCCUUAGAAAUGAAACUUCAAGAUGAAAAUUAUAAGAAACCUGAAUUAACAUGUGAAGCCCCAAAAUGUCCUUCUAUCAUUUCUGCUCUUCACAAAGCAUUACAAAUUUCCUUUCAUAACCUUCGAUCAAUAGGGAAAAGGAUAAUGAUAACUUUUGACACUGUAGAGAAAAUGAAAGAACCCUGCCUUCAUUGCAAAAAUCUUUCCUGUUUUGAUGCAGCCACUAUUAUGACUUUGUCACUGUUAAGAACUGAAAAAGACGUAGUUGUAGCGGCUUUUAAUGACGAUAAACCAGUCACAAUAUUAUCCUUUGAAAAAAACAUAACUCUCAACCAAGCACUUUCACAAUUGAAAGAGUUGAAGAGUAAGUUUGUUAUGCCAUCACAGGCCAUUGAAUGGGCUCAAAAUAAUAAGAAACCCAUCGAUGUGUUCAUACAUUUUCUUUAUGGUACUUAUUCCUUUGCAGGAAUGCCUAAAAAACUCCGAAGUUGUGAAAAAACGCCCAGUACUCUAAGCUCUUAUCGAAAAAAGAUGUCAUUACCACAUACAAAAUUGAUUACAUUUUCAUUGAGUUCACCCCGUUCAGUAUUGGUGGGUAAUGAGCCCAAUACGUUAGAAAUUUGUGGAUUUAGUGAGGAAGUGCCUAAAGUUGUUGAAGCAUUCUGUAGAGGUUUAUUUAAUUGAAACGAAGUAAACAGAUCUACAAUUGGGAGGAAGAAUUCUACUUAUGUUUGUAAAGAUUGGUUGAACUCAAAACAACAGAAAAAAUAUGAAUGAAUGAGAAGAUAAUUAAAUAAAUAAACCUCAGGGGGAAAUAUCCAUGGCAUUUUUGUAAAAACCAUAAAUAAAAGUUAAAACGAGUUCUCUGAGAAAAAUAAACAUCAUCAUUCUAAUGGUUGAUGUGCACAAGUAAUCAGAGUUUGUUUAAAGCUUAGUGUUAAUUAAUGAUGUCUUAUUUUCUAAGUAAAAUUUUUACUUGUGGUUCCAUUUACUUCAGUAUGUAACAAAAAGGAAUUUCGAGUUCUUUGUGCUUAUCUAACUAUUUUAAUACUUUUCUUAAUACUAUACUUAUAUAAUUAUAUUU